CGGACAGUCGGCAAUAGCAUUUUACACUUUCCGGGGAUUACUAAAUGUACUAAUCUCGCUCUGAAUAGAGACGUAUGAUUAAAUAGUGACAUCAUAAAAUUGAUGACAUCAUCUUCACCAUGUGGCAUCGUGGGAAUAGUGACUGGUGGAGUAAUACGACAAAUGUUCAACACUCACAUCAUAUUGAUGAUAUUCCAUUGAAAGGACAUAAAUGUGGAAUACGACUCAGGACGCUUGUAGCGAAUAAUCAGAACAGUGUGUUAAAAACUACCAACGAAAUGAAAAAGGCGGUAACCCCUAUACAAAGACAAACUUCAGGAUACUGUAUUCGGAGAACUCUCCUGAAAAAAAGAUUUUAUACAUCUAUGCCACUGUUUUUUUGCUAUCAUUUAAUCCUUAAUUUAGUAUUACUGCCGGCGAUAUUAACUUUAUUGAGCUCGACCGAUGGGUCAUUUUCGACUAUCCGCCUAGCGAAUGCUUGUCACCCCCGGGGUCGUUACCGUUUAGGCCGACAUAUCCCAACAAAAAUUGUUCCUAUGGUUUGUGGACAACAUAUACCUAAUGUAUCCGAAAAUACGAUCGGUGCGAGUGGCCCAUCUGAAGGGAAAAUCACCAGAGAUUCUAAAAGAUACAGAGAUGAAUUAAAAAGCAAUUGGAAUCCCAAUAUUUUCUUCAGGGAUGAAGAAGGGACGAUGGCUGAUCAUAUGAUGACAGAGAGAUGUCGCGAUUGCCUCAAUCGUCUUGCAAUUAUGGUUGCAGAAAAAUGGAAGAAUAAAGUGAUUCUUCGGGUGGUUGAAGCCUGGGAUGAAGACGGUGCUCACGAACCUAAUUCUUUGCAUUAUGAAGGACGAGCAGUUGAUAUUACAACUAACGAUACAGACCGUUCAAAGUAUGGAAUAUUGGCAAGACUCGCUGUCGAAGCUGGAUUUGAUUGGGUUUAUUAUCAAUCUAAGUUCCAUGUUCAUUGUUCAGUGAAAUCAGAUAAAUCGGACGCGGCAAGGUAUGGAGGAUGCUUUGCUGGAGACUCCGUCGCAUAUCGACCCGAUGGCACUGCAGUUCAAAUGUCGCAACUUCUUCCAGGAGAUCCAAUUUUAUCGGUGGACUGGAGAGGAAGAGUAGUCGUGGAUAAAAUCAUAUCUUUUAUGGAUAGGAUACCACCUUCAAAAAAGAAAGACAUUCAGAGUUCAAUGAAAUUUCUUCAGAUAUCAACAGAAAACGGAAAUGUCUUGAAGUUAACGAGAAAUCAUCUCCUAUACGCCAUCAAGUCACAAGAUCCUGAUUCAGACAUCGAUACAGGUCAAGACAGACUUAAUUCCGCAAAAUUCAUAUACGCUGAAUCCGUAGAAGUCGGAGACUACGUGCUUGAAACACACGCUUCCUCGAAUAAAACUAAUUUCCUACAUCGAAAAACUAAGCUAUCGCGAGUUGGCAGUGUCACGGCGGUAACGUCCGACAACGGCGCUUAUGCGCCGCUUACGGAGCAAGGCACGAUUCUAGUAAACGGAGUCGCUGCUUCGUGCUAUGCUGUUUUUAACAGUCACAAAAUUGCUCACUGGACAAUGGCACCCUUGCGUUUAUAUAAUAAAUUGCAUGACUGGCGUGUCGAGCAACCACUUUGGAGAGACAUUCCUAUUGGUGUACCGUGGUAUCCCAGAUUUUUAUAUAAAUUGGGAUCCGCAUUUUUUUCUGAAUAUAUGUAUCAAAUAUAGAUAUAUGUUUAAUUUUAUUUUCUACGUUGCGCUUAUUACCUAU